UGUCUCGCGCACACACAACAGUUUCGGCCGCCGUCUAGCCAACAUAACCUGCCGCCGCCGCUAUCGUCAUCCGUUACGUCGGAGCACCAUUCCAGUAAUCAUAUCUGUAUUGGUGAAUGCGAUUAGAUUUUACUUAAAACUUUCAGUGUCGCUCAAUACUCGUUGUGUUUAAUGUGCGUACCGGUAAACGCCGUUGCCGUCCCGCAACCGUGAAACAUCGGUUUUAGUAUUUUCAUAUUAUUCUCCGGCUAGUUCCAAUGCUGUGUAAGUGUGCGCGCCAUUUCUAUAUAUUAAUUGUGUGUGAACGUCAGUUUGGGAGUGGAAAUCUGUAUUGACCCAUAUAAUCGACUUGUUACAUACAUAUUCGAGGUUAAACAAAACGUUCGUAACCGUAUUAAUUCAUUUUCAUCAUUAAAUACCCGAGGCUCCAGUUUUUACCACGUUCAACUUAGUUUCGCUGUCACGUGGAUAUCGACGAUCGAAACUUGAUAAUUCGCAAAACUGUUUUUGCUUCCCUCCCCCAGUCACUGACAGGUAUGAUUUGGAUGUCUUAGAAACGCCUGUGUUAUAAAAACAGUCAAGACGCAAGGAUUAAACAAACGUGUUGGUAGUCCAGUAAUGGACAAACGGAAAAUGAUUACAAAAAGAACUAGACUUGAAACAUCUAUCCGUGGUGGAGGAUCUGGAGCUGGUCCCAUUACUAAUGGCCCGAUACAAACGCGACCAUUGGUUGCUUUAUUGGAUGGUAGGGACUGUUCAAUAGAAAUGCCUAUAUUGAAAGAUGUAGCAACAGUUGCAUUUUGUGAUGCUCAAUCUACUUCUGAAAUCCAUGAAAAAGUUUUAAAUGAAGCUGUUGGUGCUUUAAUGUGGCACACUAUUGUUUUAACAAAAGAAGAUUUAGAAAAAUUUAAAACUCUAAGAAUUAUUGUACGGAUAGGAAGUGGAGUUGAUAACAUUGAUGUUAAAGCUGCUGGAGAAUUAGGUAUUGCAGUGUGUAAUGUCCCUGGAUAUGGUGUAGAAGAAGUUGCUGACACCACAUUAUGUUUGAUACUAAACCUUUAUCGUAGAACAUACUGGCUAGCUCAAAUGGUCAGAGAAGGCAAAAAAUUUACAGGUCCAGAGCAAGUUCGUGAAGCUGCUCAAGGUUGUGCUCGUAUCCGUGGUGAUACAUUAGGAAUUGUUGGCUUAGGCCGUAUUGGAUCAGCAGUUGCAUUAAGGGCAAAGGCUUUUGGAUUUAAUGUUAUAUUUUAUGAUCCUUAUUUACCUGAUGGAAUUGAGAAAUCUUUAGGAUUAACUAGAGUUUACACACUACAAGAUUUGCUGUUUCAAUCUGACUGUGUAUCGUUGCAUUGUACUUUGAAUGAACAUAAUCAUCACCUUAUAAAUGAGUUCACUAUUAAACAAAUGAGGCCAGGUGCUUUUCUUGUUAACACUGCUCGAGGUGGUUUGGUUGAUGAUGAUGCUCUUGCCACAGCGUUAAAACAAGGUCGCAUUAGAGCUGCCGCUUUAGAUGUUCAUGAAAAUGAACCAUUUAACGUACUUCAAGGGCCAUUAAAAGACUCUCCUAAUUUAUUAUGUACUCCACAUGCUGCAUUCUACUCUGAUGCAAGUUGCACAGAAUUACGUGAAAUGGCUGCUAGUGAAAUACGUCGUGCAAUUGUUGGUCGUAUACCUGAAUGUUUACGUAAUUGUGUCAAUAAAGAAUAUUUUCCUGCUCCAACAACGUAUCCUCACCAAGCUUCGGUUGCUAGUGUGGCAUCUGCAGCCGCUGUAGCUGCAGCAGCUGCUGCUGUAGCAAAUCCUGAUGCUAUGAAUGGAGGAUAUUAUGCAGGAGCCGGCGCUGGUGCUUUACCAGUACAACAAGCCCAUUCUACAACUGCACAUGAUAAUGUGCCUGGUUCUGGCUCAACUGCAGCACAACCUCCCCAACAAGCUCCACCAAGCUCACAAUCGGCACCACCUGCAUCUGUUCUCCCACAUUCUUUAUUUGUUAACACCCAGCUUCCAUAUGCUUCUGGACAAAAUGAUCGCGACGGUACAAAUAAUGUGAGCCAAAGUAGUCCAUCCCUGACAUAUAGGCCUGUUGUAUGAAAGGAGUAUACCCCUCUGCCUUUAAUAUUCAAAUUGAUAAAACUAUGACUGGUCUAUGAAAAUAAAUAUUAGCUAAUCGCGAGAAACUGUCGUGUUUUUUGUGAUUGUUUUUAUUUUUAAAUUAUCCAAAAUGAUUAUUUGAUUAAAUAUACCAUUCAUUAUGGAUAUUUAUAAAUAAGUCGCGCAAUUGGACGCCUUGAGUUAUUAUAUGCUCAAAAAUAAUAAGUUUUAUGACCAAUUUUAUAAAUUCUUUAAGAUAAAGUUCAGAUUUAACUGUUUCAAUAAUUAUUUUGAUAACUAUGUGCAAUCUUCGACUUAAUAAUUAUUUAAUUUAUAAAAUGAAAAAUUGUAUUGUUAAAAAUUUGGAUUGAGGAUAUACUAUUUAUUGUGUAAAAAUGACUGUACAUAAUAAUUUUUUAUUUUAUUUGAUUUAUAUUUGAAGUUAUGUUGUUAUAAUACAACUUUGCAGGAAUACAUUUUUAAGUAUUGAAUGGGGGAAGAUUGGGUUUUUGUAAACACAUGAUUCUAUAUUUUGUUUUAAUAAAACCAGAAUAUAUUUAAUUAUUUUAUUUGUAAAUAGCAACAUCACAUUAAUUAAUAGCAACUAUUACAUUUAGAACUUAACUGUUUAGUGUGUUUAACUUGUAUACUAUUAUUUUAAUUGAGAUAAUAAAAUUUUACAAUUUAUGUUUAACACAUAUGUAGGCAGGGUGGGGGCAUAAGCAAGUAUUUUUUUAAUGUUUUCUCUUUAUUUCUGUAUGUGUAUCAAAAAUAAAAGUAUGACUGAAUUUUUUGCUUACAUAAAAAAAAACACUAAAAAACGUACAUGUUAAUAUGGAGAUAUAUUAGUAUGUAUAUUUAUUACUAUGUUAAUUUGAUUUAUAUUUAUAUA